AUGGCUGCCAACGGAUCCGGAGGCCUCCGCAUCGCCAUGGGCGCCGACGACGCGGGCUGCGGCUACAAGAACAAAAUCAAAGCCGACCUCGAAGCGGACCCGCGCGUCGCCAAAAUCAUCGACGUCGGCGUCAACGACGCCUCCGACAAGACGGCCUACCCGCACCCGGCCGUCGACGCCGCCAAACUGAUCCAAUCCGGCGAGGCGGACCGCGCGCUGCUCAUCUGCGGCACGGGCCUCGGCGUCGCCAUCAGCGCGAACAAGGUGCCCGGCGUCCGGGCCGUGACGGCACACGAUAGUUUCAGCGUGGAGCGGGCGAUCCUGAGCAAUGAUGCCCAGGUGCUCUGUAUGGGCGAGCGGGUGGUGGGGAUUGAACUCGCGCGGAGGUUGGCGAAGGAGUGGGUGGGGUAUCGGUUUGAUCCGCAGAGUGCGAGUGCGAAGAAGGUGGAGGCUAUUGGGGAGCAUGAGAGGAGGAAUUUCGAUUUGAAGAAUUAG